UUCGAGGCGCACCAAAGAGCGCCUGACAGUGAACUUGGUGGUGCCGUGGUUAGGUUUCUUGCAGCGGCUCAGCUACCGUAAAAGGAAAAUCGUGUCGCCCCUGGACGGCAAACGGGGAGCAUAACGCGUAUUGCGAACGGUUCGAAAACCCGUACGCCCGCCGUACCAUCAUCAUGGUGCCCCAGAAAAUGUCAAAAUUUUCAUACAUAAAAUAUCGAUCGCGAACCGUUUGCAUGUGUUGUUGAAGGCUCGGAUAUACGCUCGUCCUGCACCGUCGCCCGUGCGCCGCGCCUCCAUCAUGGUCGUCGUGGUCGUCGUCUCCGUGUUGACGGCAGCGAGAGAAAAACCCAUGCGCACACAGUCGGGAACGACAACAGAACACACACACCAGCAAACAUCGACAGCAGCAGCAGCAGCAGCAACAGCAGUGGUGUGUGCCCGUCCAGCAAACAAAACGUCAGUAGACAAGGACGAGGUGAAACUGCACCGUUCGAAGCUGGAAGGAGUUGGUGAACGGUGGUGGUUGUUACGGGCGGUAGAAAAUGAACGAAUGUUGAAGCGUUGCUGGAUUUAAGAAAAAGUUCGAUUUUUAAAGGUCAAAUUUUAAAACGUAGAACAAUGCGCUGCUGUCUGGGAGGAUUUGCCAUAUUCAGUUACUCACGCGAAAACAAUAUCCUGGAAGAUUUAUUGCGGCGUUGGCAACGCCAAUGAACCCAUCAAACGGGAUGUAAAUUACCGAACACAAAUACAAAUACCACGGGGCACCGAACGGGUCUACCACUACCAGUGCAGUGUUUGGGAAAACCAAGAAAAAAAUCGCACACACAUACACGCCCGCAUGUACACGGUGUGUGCCGGUGUGUGCGUGCUAAACAAACCUUUCAAAUUUACCUGCAACAACCAAUGCGAACACAGGCAUAUACCGUCGUCCGUCGCCAACGUUGAUGCCCUCGAUGACAACAGGCGCUCCCCGAUGACCGAAGUGUCUGCGUGAGGCAAACUGAAGCGGAAAGCCACCAUUAUUCGACGGUGUUGCGAGAAUAACGACGACAACAGCGGAACGGGUACCGCAGAAAACCUCGCAGAGGGUGUAUGUGGUGGAAAAGUGCGCACAACAAUCGCAAUAAAUCUUGAAGGCAAAUGGAAAACAUCCUGAAACGAAAUCGUAACGCCACCACCGCACCAAAAUGCAUCGUUUGGUGAGAGGGCGUUUUUCGAAAACCUGUUUGACUGAGUGUAGUUCUCCGCUUGGCUUAUUUGCAAAUGGCGAGUGAAUGUGGCGAGGUUGUGGUGAUUUCGUCGCAGCUUCCAAUAGUGCACAAAACGGGAAAUUGACUGUUGAAUAUUUCAUAACCUCGUUUCUACGCGCCGCGUCAGGGAAGCUGUGAAUGUGAUGCUAAUCGCCCCCCUCUUCCCUCCCCCUCCCCCCAAUUUUUGCAGGCAAUCGAAAACGGUCACGGACUGGUCGCGGUAGCAGUGCGUGUGCGUUGUUCUCUCCGCGAGUAUUUUAGUAAGGCGAUGGAGACGCCCGGUCGUGCACGAACGAUUGCUUGGCCGGUCGCGCGUGGCAUCUGAAACAAUGAAACAGUGGUACGGUAUGGCACCGGUUGCUGCCAUCAAAUAAAAGUUUUCGUUGCAGAGCAAAUCGUGUUCCAAGCAGGCGGGGAAAAAUGUGUUCAAGCGAGCGGCGCAGUGGGUUUAGAGCAUUCGGAAGUGUGCCUGCGUGCGGGGCUGCUUAAAUAGUCGGUGAAGCAUAAAUAUGAGGUUGAUGGUGGUGAUGGUGAUGGUAGUGUUUUGUGAGUGAUCAUUGUGCACGUCGCUAGGACCGUUGGAUUAAAGCGUACAGGGGCGUACAGCUUCUUUCGAGCCGCCUUACCGUAGUGCCAAUGCCGGUGGGAAAUGUUUCAUACUAUCACAGAAGAAAGUAUUCCCCUCAGGCUCCACCGGAUCACCAGUCACGAAUAUUUUUCGGAGAUUACGCACGCCCCGACGGUGGCAGUGAACGGAGCCGCUCGAAUGGUAGCAUCUCCUCGGUCGCCACAACCCAAUCGUCCUCGUCGUGCGUGAGUGUGCAUAGCAGUGCGGCCUCGUUGGCCGAUGCAGCGAACGCCAAUCUGUUGGCGGUGGUGAGCGCACCGAAGGGUGUCGAAAGCGACUCGAGUCCCGUGCCAAAAUGUGUCGAUAGUGCUGGCAGUUGUGGUGGUGGUGGCGCUAUCGGUACAACAACAACGACGACAACAACAACAUCAUCCUCCGGGUCCAAUUGCUGUGUCCGUGCGGCGGCAGCAGGUGAGAGUGGCAGUGUCGGUGGGUCGCAACAGGUGCCGUCGAGCCGGACGUGUGCCAGUGAAAGUGCCACCGGGUACGAGGGUCAGCGGGGUACUGUAGUGCGGGCCGGUGGGUCAUACCACAGCGGUGGCGGCAGUAUUGGCGUUGUAAAUAGUGGCACCAUUAGUGGCAACGGUCAGCAACGGCGAGUUGCGGGCGGGGCUAAUAGUAG